GGUUGAACUUCGAGUCGCGGCCGACGGGACCAUUCAGGAGGUGAUGCUACGCGCCCGACGCGCUCUCGUCCAGCGCCUUGGCCGGCUACCACGUCCCGGUGCGCAGGAAGCAACUCACUGGCCGAAAGCUGCGUGGACGACGCCGGCGCCCCCAAACGAGCAGUGGCAGCGCGUGCUCCGCGCCGUGGCGGCCCUCGGCGUCGCGGCCAGCGCGGCCAUGGCCGUCAACACCGACGAGCACGUUCUUGGCGCCAAGCUCCAAGACGACUAUGUCCUUUUAGAUGACAUCAUUGGCGAAGGUGGGUUUUGCGUCGUCCGCAAGGCGCGCGAUCGGCGCUCCGGCGAAGUUGUCGCUGUCAAGGAGAUGUCGAAGCAAAGCACGUCGUCCAAGGAGUUCUGGGCCGAAGUCGACCUGCUCAAGAUAGCCGGCGCCCACAACAACAUCAUGGCACUGCGCGGCGUGUACGAGUCGGACGACGCGUGGUACAUUGUGCAAGAGCUCGCCACGGGCGGCGAGCUCUUUGACCACCUCGUUGCCAAUGGCGCCUACUCGGAAAAAAUGGCGAGCAAUGCGCUGCGCGACCUCUGCCAGGCGAUGCACUACCUGCACCGCAAGGGCAUCGUUCACGGCGACAUCAAGCCCGAAAACAUCAUGCUUCGUGGCGACGAGCUCUGCCUCGUCGACUUUGGCGUCUCGUUCCGCAUUGGCGAGCGGUCGAGCGACGUGCCGAUCACGGGUACACCGGCGUACUGCGCCCCCGAGGCCUUUACAAAGCAGUCCGUGGGCCCUGAAGCCGACAUGUUUGCGCUGGGCAUCGUGCUCUACAUUCUUCUCUGCGGCAGCCAUCCGUUCGAUACGUUCAAUACGCUCUCGGACCAAGAGAUUGGCAAGCGCAUCGUCAAGGGGCAGUUCAACACGCAGACGCGGGCGUGGCGGCGGAUUUCGUCCGAGGCCAAGGACUUGAUCCAAAAGCUCUUGGUUGUGGACCCUGCAAAGCGGCUGACUGCCUACGACGCCCUGCGACACCCGUGGUUAUCGCCCCACAAUGCGUCCAUUAGCGUCCAGCCACUGCACAAGGUCGCCGCGCGCUUGCUGCGUUUCCAGCGCGGACGGCGUCGGCUUCGCGCGAGCAUCCUUGCCGUCUUGCUGCAGCCCCCGGUGGACGAUAACGAUGACGACGACAAGCGAGACGUCGGCAGUGACGACAACGACGAAGCUAACGUCGCCCAUUUUGCGCGCGGUGUGAGCUCCAACCCCGAGACGGUGGCCGAGAAGGCCGCGAUGCUCGCCUCGACACUCAGUGUCUUUGACCAGGACGGGAAAGGCUACAUUUCAGACGACGAUCUCCGUCGCGUGGCUGCGCAGCUCGGAAAACAGCUAAGCGACAGCGACAUUCGCGAGAUGCUGGCGGCGGCGACCGGGGACCCUGAGAUCCCCGCGCCCAAACAACUGACGUAUGAUGACAUCAAGCUCGCGAUCUGCAGCCUCCGGUCCGGCGUUUACGACUAUGGCGCUGUCAUUUCCGCCGAGGGCGACGAAGACCACCACUUUUACGUACUCAUGGAAGGCACGGUGCACGCGAGGUGCGCGAACCCCAUGGCACCCGACUCAGUACUUCAACUGCGCACGCUCGAAGCGGGUGAGUACUUUGGUGUGAUGGAGCUCCUCGCUCCCGAGGCCAUCCACCCUCGCGUGGCUACAUAUGCUUGCGCCUCGCCCACGUGCAAGGUGCUCAAGCUGCUUCGGGAGGACUUGGCCAACGUCAGCAACAUGUACAAGACGCUGGAGGCCUCGCUGACCGACCGCGCGAUGGGCCAGGCCCACGCGCACUUGCUUCAAUCGAUCGAAGACGCCCACGGAUCCAUCACGCACACGGCGUUUAGAAAUGGCGAUCAUGUCUAUCGCCAAGGCGACGUCUGCGACUCGUACUACAUCAUUGCCGACGGCGCCGUCGACGUCAUCAUGGACAAUGUUGUCGUCGAGCACAUGACGACGGGCGACUGUUUUCCACUGGGCGUUGCGGCCGACUCGAACCCCGUGCGCCAAGCGAGCGUGCGCUGCACAUCCGACACGACGCUGAUCGAGAUCAAGGGCGAAGUCUUCCGCAGCUUUCUGUGCAGCUACCGCUUCAUGACAGCGUUCUUUGAGAAUCAGUUGCAAGCGCGUCGCGCCGAGCGCCGAGGCAAGCUCCCACAAGAGUAGAUGGUCGAUACUCGAUACGUAGAGUACAGUGCAUAUAUAGAUAUAUUGCUACUAGCCA